AUGUCUCCUGGUUUUACUCUUGGCGGAUUGUUUCCAGAAUCCGCCAGGUAUGCCAGUCCUGAGCAGUUAUAUCUAUUAAACAAGACGCUAUUCAAAAAUCUCCUGCAAAGUGUCGAUGUAAGUUCCCAACAACGCGGGAGCAUCCCACCGGCGCUCUUCUCGGGCCCGUCGCUUGGCAUCGGCAAAUCCCAAGAGGAAGUUGAAGGCCAAAGCGUUUUGGGAAAUAGGAUUUGGGAGCGGCGAGGGCGGGGGCGGGGUUGCUGCAUGAGGAUGCAGUUUGAAUUGAAACGUCCGGGUGACGCUGCGGGCCGCAGCGACACCUAUUUGCCCAUCUUUGUACCCUACCUCCCAGCUACCCUCUUUGUUCCUUGGCUUUGGUCAGGACUACCCUCGUCUUCCUCUCAUGACCAGCUACCCUACCAACCAUAG